AUGUCCAUAAGGAGUCCUGAGAAUUCCAGCAAAGCACAAUGUAAAAUUCAGCCUCAAGAUUUGGUUUUUAUCAUCGAUAGCUCCCGCAGUGUCCGGCCGCAGGAGUUUGAAAAGGUGAGAGUCUUUCUGGCUAAUAUGAUUGACACAUUGGACGUUGGGCCCGAUAGGACCCGAGUAGCCAUUCUCAACUAUGCAAGCACUGUGAAGGAGGAGUUCAUGCUCAAAACUUACAGUAAUAAGAAAGACAUGAAGCAAGCAGUUUAUCAAAUCAAACCUCUUUCAACCGGUACUAUGACAGGUCUGGCCAUUGAGAGUGCAAUGAACAAGGCUUUUACGGAGUCUUCAGGAGCAAGACCAGAGGAACUUGGUAUCUCCAAAGUAGCCAUCAUUGUAACAGAUGGGAGACCCCAGGACCAAGUGGCAGAAAUAUCUGCAAGUGCUCGAGCUUCUGGUAUUGAAAUGUAUGCUGUUGGUGUAGACAGGGCUGACAUGCAGUCACUGAGACUAAUGGCCAGUGAACCUUUGGAUGACCAUGUCUUCUAUGUGGAAACAUAUGGUGUGAUAGAGAAGCUGACUUCUAAGUUCAUGGAGACCCUUUGUGAACGUGUUGCAGGUGUGGAUUUCUGCGCUCUUGGUAACCAUGACUGUCAGCAAGUAUGUGUGAGCACAGCGAGAUCGUAUUACUGCAGGUGUCAUCCAGGUUUUAUGCUGAAUGAAGACCAGAAAACCUGCUCACGUGUGAAUGUGUGUGCCAUUGGAAACCAUGAUUGUGAGCAACUAUGUGUAAACACCACGACCGGCUAUUCCUGCAAGUGUCGUCCAGGUUUUAUAUUGAAUGAGGACCAGAAAACCUGCUCACGUGAGGAUAUGUGUGCUAUUGGAAACCAUGACUGUGAGCACAUAUGUGUGAGCACAGCAACAUCCUAUUACUGCAGGUGUCGUCCAGGUUUUACAUUGAAUCAGGAUCAGAAAACUUGCUCACGUGAGGACAUGUGCGCAGCUGGAAACCAUGACUGUGAACAAAUAUGUGUGAGCACAGCAACAUCCUCUUACUGCAGGUGUCUUCCAGGUUUUACAUUGAAUGAGGAUCAGAAAACCUGCUCACGUGAGGACAUGUGCGCAGCUGGAAACCAUGACUGUGAACAAAUAUGUGUGAGCACAGCAACAUCCUCUUACUGCAGGUGUCGUCCAGGUUUUAUUUUGAAUGAGGAUCAGAAAACCUGCUCACGUGAGAAUAUGUGUGCUAUUGGAAACCAUGACUGUGAGCACAUAUGUGUGAGCACAGCAACAUCCUAUUACUGCAGGUGUCGUCCAGGUUUUACAUUGAAUCAGGAUCAGAAAACUUGCUCACGGUUGGAUGCAUGUUCUAUUGGAGACUAUGACUGUGAGCAGAUAUGUGUGAGCACAGCAACAUCCUAUUACUGCAGGUGUCGUCCAGGUUUUACAUUGAAUCAGGAUCUGAAAACAUGCUCACGUUUGAAUAUGUGUGCUACUGGAAACCAUGACUGUGAGCAAAUAUGUGUGAACACUACAACAGGGUAUAACUGCAGGUGUCGUCCAGGUUUUAUAUUGAACGAGGACCAGAAAACCUGCUCAUGUGUGGAUUUGUGCGCCAUUGGAAACCAUGACUGUGAACAAAUAUGUGUAAGCACAGCAACAGGCUAUCACUGCAAGUGCCAUACAGGUUUUAUAUUGAAUGAGGACCAAAAAACCUGUGCAAAAGAAGCGCAGAGAAAGAUCACUAUUCAAGAUCCAUGCAAGUGUGAAGCUUUGCUUGAUUUCCAAAGGGACGUUGAAUCCAAUUUCCAAGCACUGGCUAGUAAAAUUGAUCAUGUAACAAAAAAAAUGCAAGCAUUUGAAAACGAGCUGGGUCGAUUCUGA